AGAUCGCAACAAAAAUAUUAUUCUAAAAAUCAAAUAUUCUGGAUACUACAAAUAUAUAGAUAUGUGCUUUUAAGUCGUGAGAUUUGUAUAAACGUUAAGAAAAGGACAUAGACAACGGCUUUUGAAUAAUUCAAUUUAGUUAAAAUCGGAAUAAAGGAAUACAAACGCGAACUCGUGCGUGACUUAACAAUUUAUCACAAAGACCGUUCGUUAACUGGAAGUAGGGAUGGCGAGCGGAUGUAGCGACACAGUAAUCAGUACUAAUCAACUUAUCACCUACUGCGACUACCCCUUGUGGUCUCCGCCGCUCCUGGACAGUCAGUUUUCGACAUCCCCGGGAAAGAUCGAGCUCAGAAACAUCAAUGGGGAUAUACCUAGCCAGGCUUUCAGCGGUCUCUAUAACACCGGAGGUUUCUCUGGUAUCCCGCAAAUAAGUUUAGACUGUGGUUUUACCGAGACCCAAAGACUGACCCUUCACAACGACUCGUUGACCCCUAACCUAGUCUGGGUUGAGAGCAUGCUGAUCACGUUCUGCGUGUCAAUGGUGAUCGAAGACUCAGCCUUUGCAGCGAUGACUGGGCUUCAAAAGUUGUCGAUUUUAGGUGGCAACUUUUCAAGCAUAUCUCCGACGGCGUUUGCCGGCAUGACAAAUCUGACGACCCUGGAGCUGUUAUCGGAUAUACCGGCAGGAUUACCCGUCGGCUUGUUUGACGACCUGACUGAGCUAAAAAUUCUGGACAUGUCCGACGCAAAAAUUAACAGUCUUCCCGCCGGAGUAUUCAACAACCUUAAGCAACUAGAGACCCUGAAGUUGAUUGGGAACGGUCUGACGUCACUUCCGGAGCGCGCUCUGCUGCCUCUGCUGAGUCUGACAUCUCUGAGUUUGGAAAAUAACGCGUGGACGUGCGACUGCGAUCUGCAAUGGCUGGGGUCGUUCCUCUACGACACCGGCUUGGCGACAGCGAAAUGCGGCAGCCCGGCCGCUUUUGCGGGAUUCGACCUGUCCAGGUCUCUGGCUUCCCUGACCUGUGUACCGACGACGACGACGACAACAACGGUGACGACGGCGACAACAAGAACAGCGGCGGCGUUGACGACUGUUGCUGCGAUUGCACAGGAAACAAGUGCAGAUGAUAAAUGGUGGCGCUAUGGAAUAGCUGGCGGGGCGUCCUUGGCCCUCGUUGUUGCGUUGGUGGCUCUUGGCGGCUGCUGUUACUAUAGAAACCAGAUCAGUGACUUGAAGAGGAAGGCCAUCGAUACCGGUCCAUUACAUGCAACGACUUUAGCCAACAACACAUAUGCUACACCAAAAAAGUCCGAGCCCCGACCAAAAGUGAAUACAGUUUCGGGUGUUACCACUGUCGGUAAACAGCCUCCGCCGUAUACCGGAAGCCAGUUGGCAGCCAAGGUGAUACCGGCGACCCAGACUCGUCGACAUAACGCAUGGGACAAUUAUCCGACGACGAUGAAUGAAUGGUAAACGUACAGUGUGUGUUUUAAAAUGCAACGCAAUACUUGCAUGUAUUAUGCUUCAUUAAACUACUGGGUAUUCAAUGCGGGAUUUUUUAAAGGAAAACUUUAAUUAUAUUUUAUCCUGAUGGUUGUUUGCCGUUCUUUAUGUUUCAUUGCUGAAUUGAUCUUAUCGUAAUACUGUUUUCAGGCAAUAAAUCUGUUGACAAUAACUAAAUAAAAAAAAUGUGAUUUCGCUACAGGUCUAUUGAAAUUUUUCGAAAAGAAUUUCUUUAUUGAAGUGCUUUUACGUAUGUUCUUUUUAUUGAUUUUGCCUUGUUAAUAAUUAUUUUGCUUGUUUUUCUCCACAGCAACAACAUGUUACUGACGUGUUACUGAUUUAAAUGCAGAUUACUUGAAUUGUUCGAAAAUAGAUGAUUCUUGUUUA